AUGGUUCUCUUCAACUCCUUUGAAGUAGAAAAAUGGAUGGAUACGUAUGAGUACACCCCAGACGUUUUGAACGUCGCCGAAACGUGCUGCUCUUCCAUUUCGAUGGACGAGCUCUCAAGUUUCUCCGACGGCAACCCCGUCACCGCACUCAUGCCGACAUCUCGCAGACUUACUUAUGGCUCUAUUCGGGGAUCUUCAGCAUUGCGGCACAGUGUCGCCAAUCUUUGUAGCGACGCUAGCCGACAUUCCUUGACGGAGGACAACGUUAUAAUCACACAGGGUGCCAUAGGUGCCAACUUCCUUGUGCUGUAUAGCCUGAUUGGGCCCGGGGAUCAUGUCAUCUGCGUCUACCCAACAUAUCAGCAGUUGUAUUCUGUCCCAGUUAGCCUCGGAGCUGAUGUAUCCUUGUGGACUUUACGGUCAGAGACUGGCUAUAUUCCUAGUGUUAAUGAACUGAGUGGUCUCAUUCGCGACAGUACCAAGAUGAUCAUUAUCAACAAUCCAAAUAACCCCACUGGUGCCGUCAUUCCGACUGGAAUACUAGAAAAGAUUGCCGCCUUGGCCAAAGAGAGGGGCAUUAUUCUCCUGUCAGACGAGGUAUAUCGUCCUCUGUUUCACAAUGGAUACAACCAUCCUAAUUCGCCGCCUCCGGCCACCGCCUUGGAUUAUGAGAAGAUCAUUGUUACCGGGUCCAUGUCGAAAGCAUUUGCGUUAGCGGGAAUCAGGAUAGGUUGGAUCGCUUCGAGGGACCGGGCCAUUUUGGAGAGGCUGGCUGCUGCUCGGGACUACACAACCAUCAGCGUGUCUCAACUAGACGAUUACGUCGCUGGUUAUGCAUUAUCAUCGGGGGUCAUUGAUCGAUUAUUGAGACGCAAUGUUGCCUUAGCGGCGACAAAUUUAUCCCUGUUGAAAGAGUUUGUUGACGCUCAUAAUGAUAUUUGUCAUUGGGUACAGCCCUCUGCAGGUACCACAGCGUUCAUUCAAUUUUGUGUCAGCGGCCGGCCGGUGGAUGAUGUUUCAUUUUGCAAGGACCUCCUCGAGAAGACGCAAAUUCUAUUUUGCCCAGGCUCGCUCUGCUUUGGUGGUGGCAGAGACUUCCUUGGCUUUGUACGAGUAGGCUAUGUGUGCGAGACCACAGUGCUACAGAAAGCUUUGACGAAGCUGGAUAACAAGAAAGGUAUACUUUCCAUACCGAGGCCUUCUGCUCCCGGUCAUCUCGUAACUUCAGGUAGUAGUGAAAACACUAUUGUGGAGUAUGCUCCGUAUGUUCUCGAAAUUGCAACUGGCCCCUUCUGCAUGGAUCAGCUUGUUGCAAUCAACUACUAA